AUGGAUUCCAGGUUCGUAAGGGCAACAAUAAGGCACCUCUUGACUGUCAUCUUUCUUGGGAUUUGUAUGAUGUGGAUCAUGGCACCCACAAACACUUACCUGCAAAAAUGGAGACCUAGCAUCCACAAAAAGCUUGUUUCCACGUAUUUUGGAACCCAAGCUCCCAGCAUGCUGAUUUGGACAUUCCCCGUCCUCUUCGUUGCUUCUUUGGGAUCUUUGUACCUUCACUUGGGAAAGAACUCGAAUCAAGAUGCUUCACAAAGCAAUGAGAAAAAGCAUAGGCGGGCGUUAUGGAGGAAGCCCGUUUUAGUGAAGGGUCCCCUUGGGAUAGUUUCGGGGAUAGAGUUAGCCUUGUUGAUCAUGUUUAUUGCACUCCUGGUUUGGUCACUGGUAACUUAUUUACGCAGGUUACAUACCAUCACUCCAAAAGCAGCUGCAAAAGAAGGAGUCAAAGUAUGGGAAAUGAAGUUAUUCGAUGUAGCGUUGUGGAUAGGGCUUACGGGGAAUGUGUGUUUAGCAUUUCUGUUCUACCCAGUGGCUCGUGGCUCAUCGGUGCUGCCGCUGUUAGGUCUAACCUCGGAGGGCAGCAUCAAGUACCAUAUAUGGCUUGGACACAUGACCAUGGUUCUUUUCACAAUUCACGGCAUUUGCUAUAUCAUUGAUUGGGCCGUUACAGGCAACAUAUCUGAGAUGCUAAAAUGGAGUCAUUCGCAUAUUUCAAACGUGGCUGGAGAAAUAGCAUUGCUGGGUGGCCUAGGCUUGUGGGCUGCAACCUUUCCUCAAAUAAGGCGAAAAACCUUUGAGCUCUUCUUUUAUGCCCAUCAUCUCUACAUCAUCUUUGUAUUCUUCUUCAUCCUCCAUGUUGGCAUUGAUUACACCUUCAUUAUGCUUCCUGGAUUUUACCUCUUCAUCGUCGACCGUUACCUCAGAUUCUUGCAAUCUCGAACCUCUGUCCGCUUACUUUCAGCUCGACUUUUACCUUGUAAUGUUGUGGAGCUUAAUUUCGCAAAAACCCAUGGUUUGACCUAUAAUCCGACAAGUAUUAUGUUCGUGAACGUGCCCAGCAUUUCAAAGUUGCAAUGGCAUCCAUUUACAGUUAGUUCGAACAGUAAUAUGGAGCCUGAUAAACUUAGUGUGAUCAUUAAAAGCGAAGGAAGUUGGUCGACCAAGCUCCAUCAAAUGCUUUCAUCUCCAAUUGACCGUCUUGAUGUUUCCAUUGAAGGACCUUACGGACCUCAAUCUAACCAUUUCCUAAGGCAUGACACGAUUGUGAUGGUGAGUGGAGGCAGUGGAAUUACUCCUUUUAUAUCCAUAAUCCGAGAGCUCAUUUUCAGGAGCAAAAUAUCUCAAUGUAAGACACCAGAUAUGAUCCUAAUUGCUGUAUUCAAAAGCUCUUUGGAUCUCACUAUGCUAGACCUGUUGCUACCUAUGACUGGUUCCCCAUCUGACCUUUCUAACCUGAAGCUCCACAUUGAAGCUUACGUGACCAAGGAAAAAGAACCAACAACUGAUAACUCAAAACGAGUUCGUUCCAUAUUGUUCAAGCCCCUUCCAACAGAUAAACCUAUGGCACCCAUUUUAGGCCCCAACAGCUGGUUCUGGCUUGCCGCCAUAAUAUCAUCUUCCUUCAUCAUGUUCCUUAUCUUAAUUGGGAUCAUCACUCGGUUCUAUAUUUACCCAAGGGAUCACAACAAUUACGAAUUCUCAGCCUCCACAAAAGCUGUGUUGAAUGUUUUGGCUAUAUGUGUCUCCAUAGCUGCAACAGCUAGUGCAGCUGUUUUUUGGAACAAGAAACAGUAUUCCAGGGAAGCGACGCAGGUACAAAACAAUGAAGGACAAGCCCCAUUAGGAUCACCAAACUUGAGGGCUUAUAAUGGUGAUAGAGAAUUGGAAAGCCUCCCUCACCAAUCUCUUGCACAAGCUACCAAAGUUCACUAUGGAGGGAGACCUGACUUGAAGAGAAUGCUUUUUGAACGUAAAGGAGAAAGCGUGGGGGUUCUUGUUUGCGGUCCAAAGAAAUUGAGGCAUGAUGUUGCAGCAAUUUGUUCUUCUGGUCUGGCAGAUAAUCUGCAUUUUGAGUCUAUCAGUUUCAGCUGGUGAUUACUGUUUAGAAACCAGAGGAAAAAACAAGUGCGUGGAGUGGCAGAGUGGUUUUGGCACCCAUCAUUUGUUCAAGUGCGCAGUUUCUGCUGUUUUUGUUUGAUACUUCAUGCAAAUUAUGUAGCUACAAAACAGUACGAGAUCUUGAUAUAAUUAAAUAAACCGAUGAAUAUAGCUUGUAAAUUUUCCCCUUGUAUGGUGACGGUUUAAAAAAAAAGCAAUUCUGCCA